AAAAAAUCGUUUUCACUCACAGACACAACUGGUGGAUCCAGCAAUGGUGUAAUCGCUAGGUCCUUGUGCGACCGGAAGUUACCAACCCAUGAGACGUUGCCGGUAUUUUGUAGCGGUCCGAAACAAAAUUUUCGGUGGUGAUCGAGGGAGAGGGGGAGGAAGGGGAAAGGAUGAAGAAGGAGGAGACGGUGAAGCUGAUAAGCGCGGAGGGGUUCGAGUUCGUGAUCGACAAGAAGGCGGCCAUGGUCUCCCACACCAUCCGCAACAUGCUUACCUCCCCCGGUGGCUUCGCGGAGACGCAGCUUGGGGAGGUGACGUUUCCGGAGAUUAGCACCCCCAUCCUCGAGAAAAUCUGCCAAUAUUUCUACUGGUCCCUUCAAUACACCAGUGGAAAGGAGACAGAGUUUCAUAUUGAACCUGAAAUUACUUUGGAGUUGAUGAUGGCGGCUAAUUAUCUCCACACUUGAGGGUUCCUUGUCCCUGUGACUGUGGGACGUCUUCUUUGUCGUUUGACACUGUUUACAUGUGUAGGAUUCUGGAGUGGAUUGUUUUGGUGGUCUUCUGGCAAGAAAGUUACAGAUUCUUGUGAUUCGACAUUGUUGGAUUUUCAAUUGUGUUAAAAUUGGCAAAAAGAAAACAUUUAUAUAAGCUACUGCUGCUGCUUUUCCUUGGUUCUUCUUUUCGUUGUUGUUUGAUGAUGACAUGGAUGAUAUUAUAAUUCUGUGACAUUGCAAGA